GGUACAGAGAGGGGGAACAACUGAGGAGCUGUCAAAUCACAAAGCUGUGGUGCCCAGGGCCAGGACAUUGAGGAGCAGGAGGGAGGUGUGGAAGGGGAGGAAGGCAGGGACGAAUCAGGACCAGGGGGAGGAGUGGCAGAGAAGACUCAGGCCAGCCGCUUCCCAGCUUCCCAGCGGACUGUUCUCAGGUUAUGAAGAUCUCAAGGCUGGAGACCUGAUGGAGAUUUUCCACACUGGCGAUGAGCAUUGGGCGAUCUAUGUGGGAGGUGGUGAUGUGCUCCAUCUGGACCCUAUAAGUGAGUGCCCUAGGGCUGACUCCUCCAGCACCUACUCCAGCGGGAACAUCAGGGCGGUGGUGAAACAGGAGCAUGUGAGGUACGCAGUGGGAAGCUGCCUCUAUCGAGUGAAUAACUACUUGGACCAGGUGUACAGACCGCGGCCUGUGAAUGAGAUCAUCAGUUCUGCGAGAGAGAUGAUUGGGGCGCAGUUGGAGUACUGUGUUAAGGACAGGAAGUAUAAGCACUUUGUCACCCAUCUGAGAUAUGGCACAGCCUGCAGCAGGCAGUUUUGUGAAGAACCUGAGCCUGGGGACCUCAUUAAUAUUUACAAUAUUGUCUCUAAGCACUGGGCCAUCUAUGUGGGGGUGGCGAUGUGAUCCAUCUGGCUCCUCUAAGUAAAGACUGUUGAAAAUAUAACUUUUAAAAUAUUUGUUACCAUGAUGAGAACAAUGGAAAGA